AUGAAGCGAGUUUGUAAAGAAGAUGAGACUCAUAUGGAUCAGGUUCCAUCAGAGAAGGAUGAGGAAGAUGAUAGCUUAACCAUUGCUCAACUGAUGAGAUUGAGAAAGAAGAAUUCGGCUAUGUGCUCAUCUGAUGAAAACCCUCCUAAGGUACUGCCAUUAACAGAAGUGCUUCAAAAGAUGGGAAAAGAGUUUCCUGAAAAGCUCAAAAGGUCUAGAUAUCUUAGAACACGGACAAAUGUGAGAUCCGAGAUAGAGGAUUCUGGUGGAUCAGCUUCAAGAGAAGUGCCACUUAAUAAGUUGUUUCAGAAGGAGGAAGUAGUGAAGAGGAAGAGUGAGCAUUUGGGAGACAAGAGAGCUCGAGCGGAUGAUGAUGAUGAGAGUUGUAUGGAUUGUUAUGAUAACAUUACCACAAUUGAAAUGGUUAUAGACAGAGAGAAAGUUGUAAGAGUUGCUUCUGACUCACGUAGGAAAAGGAAUAAUAGACUUGAGAUUGCUUAUGUAGAUGAAACUGUAGCACAACGAGAAGGAACGGGAAACAAAGCAGGGAGGAAGAAUAUGGUUAUUAGCUCAGCUAAUGGUUACAACUCUUCAGAUCUUCCUCUUGGUGCCAAUGGACGAGUAGUUGACCUUGUUGUGUCACUACCAGAGACAAGACAAAAGUGUUAUAAUGCUGAGAUUGGUGUAAAUGGAAUCAACACUGAGAAAAAGAACACGACUAUAGUCGCUGAUGGAAGCAAGGAAGCAAAGUGUUCGCUCCAUGGAGAUGGAGAGAACCAGAGAUCCAAUGAGAAGGAAGAUGAUGGUGAAAGUUUGAAGCAGAUAAAUCUUGCAAUAGAGGAGAUAGCAUUGAAUCUUGAUGCACGCAUGAUGAAGGUGGAGAAGACUUUGGCAAAGAUUAGAGAAUGGAAAACCAUUGAGAGAAACCAGAUCAAAAAUGGAAUUUCUGCUUAG